AGGAGCGGGAGAUUCAUUUUCAAUUCGGAUUGUAGAUAGUUUUGGAUCGUACUCCGAAAAUGAGGAUCACUUGCGUAGUGAAAUUUAGGAGAAUGCGGACUGUCGACGACAGAAGCUCGGCAACCCUCCUGCUUCGCGGUUUGAUCAAUAAUUCUUUGGAAAAGCCGCGAGGCAUUCUACGAGCUGCUUUGUUGCGGGAACGAGUCCACCUGUUAGAAGAGGGUUGAAGCCUCGAGUCUGAGUGUUAUCGCGUUUUCUCUCCUGGUUUAAAAUGGCAAAAGACGGAGAAGUUGUGAAGGUAAAACAGUCGAAGGCUGAAGCCAAGAAACGGGCCCGGGAAGAAGCAGAAUUGAAACGGAAACAAGAGGAGGAAGAAGCUCGGCGACGAGCAGAAGAAGAAGAACGACAGCGAAUUGAGAGAGAGCAUCGUGAGGCGAAAGAACGUAUCAAGCGCACUUAUGAAGAAUACUUUAUCCGAUUGGAUCAAUUGAAAGAAAGUUUUGGGUUGUUAUCUCGGAACCAAGUUCACUUGCAAGUUGUGCUUGAUGAACGAACGAAGUUGGCCCAAUGGAAUCGGUACAUGAGAUGUGACGGUUUACCGGAUCCGACGGAUUUGCCACAACUAAACGCGUAUUUAUCAACGUGGUUUGAAGACGAAAAUCCGGAUCGGUUGGAGAUCAACGAAGUUUUGAGCAAAUGUGCUGAAGUUUUGAAGGUAUUGCAAGAAGUUAUGCUUUGCCUAAACGAUUUCAGAGAAAUUCCGAAGCAUAAGAAGCGCUUAUUUAAAACCUGGAUUGAAGACGCGCAUAAUUUGUUACACGUGAAACUGGACCUCGCGUGCUAC